AUGCGAUCCAUCCAAAUUAUUUGCACUCUGACCAUUUCUGAUUCACAAACCAACCAAACAGCUUUCUUUCCCAACAAUAGAAACCAACAUCGUAGUCCAUUGGGAUCGAUCAGUGAGAUCGUAGAAGAAGGAGAAGGAGAACACGAAGAGCCGGCAAAGAAGAUCAGACAAGUCCGGUUCUCAUCGAGAAGCGGGCAGCCCCCAUCAGAGUAUCCUCAGCACUUUCAGAAAUCUGUGAUCAGUGAGAUCGUUCCUGUUCAUCAUCAGCCCCAGUCAGCAGCAGAGGCCGAUGCUUCGAGUGACGACCGAAUGGUCAAAGAGUACGAUCGGCAAUACGGGAAGAUCCCGGAAGGCUUUGAAGAACGAAAAGCUGAGAUGGAAGAGAUGGAAAGACAACGACAAGAGCUCGACAGGAUGAUGGAAGAGAGCAAUCUCCAGCCGGAGACGGAGUACCAGUACACGAAGAUCCAGCAGCCGCUGGAGCAGCUGAACGAGGGUCUACGCGCGGCCGGGCUGGAGCGGAUCCUGCGGCUGAGCGGGAUCACCUCGACGGACUUCCUGGCCACCGGCAGCGGCAAGCCGCCGGGCCGGCGAGUGACCUUCAAUGAGCAUGGCCCCGCCAAGAGCUUGCAGCCCAGCAGCUCGGGCAACAACUAUAAGGCUUAUCGGAAACCGGCGUUCAAGUGGAACAAGCUCAGGGCAUGUAUGACCUUCCCUCAGUCUAAGAGCGAGCUUAACAGACAGCCAUCAUCAACGGUCGGGACGGAGCAUCGCAGGAGCCGACGGCCGGCCCCAAGACUGUUAAAAGAAGAAGAAGAAGAAGACAAGACAGCCGACGAAGGAAGCCAUUCCUCUUCGUGUUCCUCCACCACUACGAUCACCAGUCCGUACCACCCAUCGCUCAAGCGGCUCCUCUCGCCGGAUCCCCAUCAAGGCUCGUCCAUUCCGGCGGGAGAUCCCGAGAGGGACCACGAGCUCGAGAUCCUCGCCGGCUCGCCGCUGGUCUCGCUCUUCUUCGGCCACCAAGACGCAGGGGACCGGCCGGCACGCAACCAGCUCACGAUCCUCCAGCUCAUCGAUCUCUGGGACUCGCUCCAGAACAAGCUCUUCAAACUGGUCCAUAACCAUCACCACGACAUCCAUCCCAACCAUCCCCACAUCUCUUCUUCUUCUUCUUCUUCUUCUUCUUCCUCAUCAAUCCUCUAUUCGGGCCUCUCUCCAGACCCAAUCAGAGUCGCAACCUUCGAGCUCAAGUUCGUCCAGAUCCUCUUCCGUCUGGCCUCCUAUCUCCUCCAAUUCCGGCUCGUCAACCCCAAAUUCGUCCAGAACAUCCGCAUCUUUAGGCCCUCAAACCUCGCCCAAAUCGCCGCCUUUUACGUCGACUUGCUCUUCCGUAUCUCCGCCCCCAACCAUCCCACGACUUAUAAAGCUGUUGGAGGAAAUAGGGGCCCGACAAGGACAAUCCAAGCAAUGGUCGUGCCCGACUUUCACUUCUUCCUUCAUGAUCAUUCCGUCCUGCAUUUUCAUCGCGCAAUCAAUGGCAAGAUCUUACAGAAAGUCUUCCAGAAUCUAUCUCAACAGCCGAUCCCACGACAAGGCUCGGUCCUGAAGCCCAAUCGACAGAUGACGUCCUCGGCGCGGUUCCAGAAGAUCUUGGAAGCCUUCCAAGCGCGCGAUUUCCUGGCAGACUGCGAGCACUUCUCACCAUCAUCCUCAUCCCAUGCCGAUCAUCAUCAUCAUGAGGUCGACUUGGGGAGGAUUGGGGAAGAGCGACGAGCGUUCUUGGUGAUAGUCCAAGACGCGAUCGACUUCUUCCAGAAUCCAGUGAGCCAUCUGGAUUCUGAAGUUCAUGAUCCGAUCCGGCUCGAGUUCCAGGUGGUGUUCUAUCUCUUGCAUUUCCUGGACGCCUAUUACCACCCGCUCCUGAACGCCAUCCUCGUCCAACGCUCUCCAUCCUCCUCAUCCUCGACGAUCUUGUUCCAAAACCAACUGGGCUUCGUCUCGCGUUAUCUGCGCUUCUACCGCAACUAUCCGCUCAACAAUCGGGAGCAUGAGCGCGAGAAGGAGCUCAACCUGCAGCACGAUCCUGCAGCCUUCUUCUUCGGCUUGGCGACCCUCCCCGCCUUCCGCUCCUGGGCUAACUCGCUCUUUAAAGUCCUCCAGAUGCCCAGCUGCUUCGACUCCCUCCUUCCUCUCCAUCAUCAGCGUCUCCCCGAUCAUGUUCAUUUGGACACUCUGAAAUUGGAUGCUUGGAUGAAUAAAAUCUCGUAA